AUGCUGAGCACCCACCGGCGGCUACCGGCGGCGACAAUCGCGCAGGUGGAGGCGGAGGGGAAGCUGUACUCUGUCCCCGAUGGCGUCAAGAUGGUCCGUCCCAGUUCCAAGAGGAAGAAGGGCAAAUGGUGGAAGAGGAUUUCCCGCAAGACGAAGGACGCGUCUAUUGACGAGGGUGGUUCUAAUGAUAUGGCGAAGCCCCCAGCUUGUUUCGAAGAGGCGAUGGCGAGGGGAGCGGCCGACGGCAACGACGUUGCCCCCGGCAGCCAGAGUGGCGACGGUGACAUUAGUGGGGAGGGGGAGGCGGCGGGAAAGGACUUGCGCUCUGCCGGGGAGCGCGCUUGCCAGAUCUGCUUCGACCAAGACUAUUCCACCGUGAUGCUGCCUUGCGGCCACGGCGGCUUGUGCUGGGAGUGCGGGCUGCACAUCUACACGCUAACGGAGGAGUGCCCCAUGUGCCGAACCAAGAUUGAGCUGCUCGUCCCACUGGAUAACGAGAACAAGCGAUUCGAAGGCGGGUGUGAGUUCGUGUCCUCCUCAGCUGCCUUCGGCAAGGACGGGAAAACGAGCGCCCGUCGACGCCAUCAGCGCCACGAGAACAUUCCCCACAAAUACCAGCAUCACGCCGGAAAAGCUUCCUCCGUACAGAUCGGACACAUACCCGGCGACCAGAGAGGCGAUCCCGAAGCCCACAGCACCCCAUAACCGCUGGGAGCCGAACCUUUGGCGGGGGGGAAGGGGUCAGAAUAUGCGUGUGUAAUAUGGUGUAGAUUGGGGGAUCUCAUUUCGCGGCUAUUUAAUCUCGAAUUUCAUCUUGGUUGUCCGGCACAUCGGUGUUUCGUACCUUUUUGGAGAGGGCUACUAUACGUGCUGCUUGUCUUGGGCCAUUGGUCUCUUCAAGCUUGAACAUCAUAAGUGUACUACAGCAUGACCAGCGCAACUUUCACGAGAGCACGGGUGAGGGCAGAAGUGUAAGGGCACAGCAGUUUAUGAUAUGGUAGUCUCUGCGUGAUUGGACAAACCGUCCACAUAUUCAGUUCCUAUUUGCUGUCAAGAUUCCCACUC